AUCACUUGGCGAACACCAUCCCCCGCUUUAGUGCUUUAGUGUAGAGUAGUUUUACAUUUUGCAAGUACUUCCUUCAAACGCAACGUCACGACGUCAUGCCAAGUAACAUGACAGCAAAAAAACAUCAAACUUAUUCUAUCCCAUAAAUUCAUAUUUUUACCGAUCUCACGAACAUGUCGAAAGAAGAAAAACUACGACCACCAUUACCCAGAGACACUUAUAAGGAAACCAAUAGAAUCUUAGAGAAAAUGAGAGAAACUGGCUUGAUAUUAGGAGGCAAAGAUUCAAAAACGGAAAAAAACAAUGAAAAAGAAGAAAAAAAUAAGGAAAAUGAACUAACGAUGGAGAAAUUGAAUAGGUUGGUGUCCAGUGCCCCUUCGUCACCGAAACUGCAAACUGUAACGGCCGAAAUACAGGAAACUGUAGACAGGUGUACCAGGAGAUCGAAGACGUGUUUGGAGAGUACGAAAUACAAAUGCACGAUUACCAGCGAUAGGUUGGCUCAAUUGAGAAAAACUGUAGAAAAUGCUACUAAGGAACACAGGACAUUUUCCAUAAAAGGUGGGUGGCCUAUUAUACGCAAGGAACUUCUCAAGAGAAACUGGAUCGAAAAAUACGAACAGGGCACCAAACAGAGAUCGCAGAGUGCCGAUGACGUCACCAGUAAUCUUCCCGUCAAACAGGAAUGGGAAUCUCCAUCAACUUAUGUAGAAAAAUGUGAAAGAACCGUAAUGUCCCGUAUGUUGUCAAGCUACGAUGUAGAUUUCUACUGGUCGAUGAGGAAGGAACCUUCCGAUCUACAGCACAGAGGAAAUGCCUAUAAACUGAUCAACAGGUUCAGCAGAUCGUUGUUUGCUUCCAAGGAAGGAUUGGCCCUUUUGCUUCAACAAUCUUAUUGGUAUUCUGAAGAAAAUAUCUCCAACAUAAGCUUUCCCAGAUGCUACGUUUUGGGUUUCCCCGAUCACUACAACCUAUUCGUAGACGAUUUCCGCCAAACAGCCUGCAUGGGCUUGCUAAAAUGGUUCACCCAAAGAUACGAAGACAAACUAGACGUGCAUUCGAUCGAAGGCAGCAUUCCCCAUUCGGCUUUACAGUUUGCUUUAGAUAGGUGUACGGAGUAUGUGGCUGAACAGAAACAUCUGGAUAUAGAUAAGGAGUUUCCGAGAGUCUGGGAUCACGAGUGGGAACAGUUUUUGGGGUUUUUUCACUCUGUGGUGCAUAAGGACGAGCUCUUUUAUGACUUUAAGGACAAAUUACUGACAAAAUAUGCACUGGCCAAGACCUGUCUUAAGGAAAUAUCCAGGUUCUGGCCCCAAUUCGACAUAGACGGCAUGAGGAACAUCUGGAUAAUGAAACCAGGCAACAAGUGCAGAGGUCGAGGCAUCCAGCUGAUCAAGAACAUCGCCGACGUAGACAAGAUCAUGGGUCUGAAGGUAAAAUACGUCGUACAGAAGUACAUUGAAAAGCCUUUGAUUAUAUAUAAGACAAAGUUCGACAUAAGACAGUGGUUUAUGGUUACCAACGUCCAACCAUUGACUAUCUGGAUGUAUAAAGACAGCUAUUUAAGAUUUAGUAGUCAGAUCUUCAGUUUGGAGAAUUUUCAUGAAUCUCUUCAUCUCACCAAUCACGCCGUGCAGUGCAAGUAUAUAAACGGUCAGCUAAGAGAUAAGUCACUGCCAGAUGACAACAUGUGGGAUUGUCACACCUUCAAGGCUUAUUUGAAGCAAAUCGGGUGCAUGGAAAAAUGGAACCAGGUUAUAUUUCCUGGUAUGAGACAGAGUAUUAUAUGCGCCAUGUUGGCCAGCCAGGAUACGAUGGAUCGCAGGCCAAACACUUUCGAAAUUUACGGUGCUGAUUUCAUUCUAUCCGAAGAUUUUACUCCCUGGUUAUUAGAAAUAAACUGUAGUCCUGACCUGUCCUUUUCCACGUCCGUUACCAGUCGUUUGUGUCCACAGUGCAUGGAAGAUAUCAUUAAAGUCGUUUUGGACCGAAGAAAAGAUUCCAACGCCGACACUGGCCUGUUCGAAAUGGUCUACAAGCAAAACUACCCCAAAACGCCCCCUUAUUUAGGGAUGAACCUGUCCGUGAGAGGCAGGAAGCUGUUUAGGACCAGGGGCAAGCCGCCAAAAAACGAGGGAAAGGAACCGCGGGAGAGGAUGUCCUUGGGCCUGUCGUCCAAAGUCCGAAAAUCUCUGGACUACUACAAGGCGGAAACCCUUCACGACAAUGUCGCGACCAAAUUGUUGCCGAAGCUGUUAUCACCAGAUAUCUACAAAGGACCCGUCAUCGAAGAUUUAAUGGAGGAAUUGCAAAAAUCAAUGUACGAAAGCGACAGCGGCAUAAAAUUCGUCCACCCCCGCACCGCCAACCCCGACAACCCGUGCCUGGAGCCAUCCCGCAACCACCUUCAGGACACGACGGCAAAGAAGAAGCCGGCGACGGCAGGACGCGCCGCCGAAAGGGUACCGCCAGCCAGAAAACCGCCAGCAAACGCAAGCGGGGAAAGCACUAGCCUCAAGCCGAGGAGCACGUCGUCGUCCGGUCAAGUAGGUUACGGUAGCAGGAAGAGACGGUACUACGGGCUGUUCCAGGAUGCGGUCGUACCGGAGCAACAGGAGGAGAAACCAUCGCGCGACUUGUGGGAAAGGGGGACUACCAGCAUCCUGAAGAACGGGGGAGUUUUGGGGAAAACGGUCCCUCCUGGAGGCUGUCUCGUAGACUUUAAUAAAAGUUUGGUUAGGACUUUGCCUUGUCUUAAUUUGCACACGUUCGAUUUGAAUAAACUGUUGCCUGAAAUUAAUGGUUCUUGUACCAAUGGAGCCUAAGUUUGUUAAAUGAGCGAUUAUGUCACAGCCUAUUCAUUGGGC